AUGCGACUUCGUCCUGCUAAAGAGACGCCAUAUGUGGCCGGUAGGCGUAACAGUGUCAAAGAUCUCUCUGUUCUGAUUAGAGCAGAAGGACGACGCCUGAACGAAAUGCACGUCGAGACUGUUUUGGGUAACACAAACUUUCGGGAGAUGUGGACUUCUUUGCGGAAACUCUGUGGCUCAUGCACCAGUUCUUGUCCCAACGUUGAGGUACUUAACCGUCAAUUUGCCUCUGUACCUGCAUCUAGCUCCCUCACACCUCCUUUCCCUACCCAUGAUGCAAUAAACCCUGUUUCUCCGGAUGAGGUCCGCCAAGUUUUGAGGAGACUCAAGGCCAAUAAAGCUCAUGGUUCCGAUGAAUUAGCACCUCAUUUGUUGAAAGCCUGCGCCAACCAGCUUGCGACACCCAUUGCCGAAUUAAUCAGUACUUGUUUGUCAUCUGGAACGACCCCGUUGCUCACAUUGUUCAUUCUGUUGCUUCCGUCUUGGACAAUGGCGCUGGUACCACUCGCUUAA